AUGGAUUUCCAGAACAUGUCCUCGUAUGAUGACAGCUACGAUAACCAAACCCUCAAUGGGUCCAGCCCAGGACAGGAGCCCCCUCAGUAUAAUUUCUAUGCCAUGCUCCUCACUCUCCUCAUCUUCGUCAUCGUCUUUGGAAAUGUGCUGGUGUGCAUGGCUGUGUCGAGGGAGAAGGCUCUUCAGACGACCACCAACUACCUGAUUGUCAGCCUCGCCGUGGCAGACCUGCUUGUGGCUACUUUGGUGAUGCCAUGGGGGGUCUACUUGGAGGUAGGCAGACUCUAGGAAUAGUCUAUUGCAACUUGCCCUGGUUAAGAAGCCUUGAAGCUCAUCCAUUUAGGGUCAGGAAGAAAUGACCCAAACACUUGGGAAGUGUUCAGAUGUGGGGAAUAUUGUGUUCAUUUUUCUGAUUCUAAUGCUACUGCUCCUGUCCCAUUUUCAGAUGUUCCUUUCACACAGCAGUACCUGUUGCAUUAUGGAACUGCGGCUUUUUGAUCGAUAUACUGUCAUCCCACAAUAAAUUCCAUUCACACCAGUGGGCACGGUAUAACAUAACAGCAAAUGUUAUUAGACAGUGUCACUGCUCCCCCACACUUUCCACACAUGCAUGCUUCUGUUUCACUAUGUUUCCCCCGUGAAAAUGGCAGGAAAUGACUGUAUGGCGGUAUAACACCCUAAAUUUUGUAACUUUACUUCCAUAAAAUUCUGGGUCAAUGGGGUUGCAAACAGAUUGUUUUGGAACCCAUUACCACAGAAGGGAGCACUAAACUCCCAUUAGAUUCUGCUAGAAGUGGGUUUUAUGUCAUGCAAAAGCUCAAAUAUAAUAUUAAAAUUAACAGAGUGAAAUUGAAUUAACUACCUAAGAAAGGGAGGGGAUAGGAACUUUUUCCACCUGCUCUUCACAGUGGACCAUUCCAACCUGACACUCCCAGACUUGACUGAAAAUCAGAACCCAAUCAGAUUAUGCACUUUUCUUGCUUUUGUGAUGCUGUUUCAGUGCAGAAAAUGUACGCAUCUUAUGUAAAAGAUCCAUGCAAAAUGUGUAUUUUAUAGGCAAAUGCAUUGAAAAUAAUUGGAAAGAAAGACCAGACAGUGAGGCCUAGAAGGUUGCAUUUGGCUCCUGGGCUGUAAUGACAUGUAUAUCCCGGAGCAGGAAUUUUGGCUCAGGGCAUUGCAGUCUUUAAUGCAUGCAGUGUUCAAAGGGCCAGCUGUGGUACUGUACAGAUUUCACUUUAAAAAUCCUUCCUUCCAUGUCUUACACCCUGCUAAACUCCCACCCGCCCAAGAACAUUGCACAAGAUUUUAGCACUCCCGCUUACUUAACACUUCAACUUAAAGACUGCCAAGCUGAGGAAAGACCUGUCCACUUCAAACAUGCCCCCCCCUUCCUGUUACUCUUCCACCUCGUUAGGAUGUUGAUCUGUCUGUGGGGUUCCUGUGGGAAGGAACUAGGCAAGCCCUUGAGUUAGUUAAAUCCUGGUUGGCUCAAAAAGCAGGGGGCCCAAUAUUCUAGCAAGCACCAUCAAGUCUUCCAGGAAAUCUACCUUAGUCGCUGUUAUUUUGCACACUCAUUUCCCCAAUGGAUGAAUGGAUUAAUGAAAUCUUUAUUGCCAAAAGCUAUAAGCCAGGCAUCCCCUACCUUCGGCCCUCCAGAUGUUUUGGACUACAAUUCCCAUCAUCUCUGACCACUGGUCCUGUUAGCUAGGGAUCAUGGGAGUUGUAGACCAAAACAUCUGGAGGGCCGCAGGUAGGUGGUGCCUACUAUAGGCCAUCACAAUUGGUCACAAUGCGUAGAAUACAAAUAAUUAAUUUGAAACUGAACAACAAUAGCAGCAAAGCAAACAUACAAAAAUGCAAAAAAACCACACCUGCAUAAGUUAAGCACUCCAUAUCUCACACUCCCCCUUAUGCUAUUUGUCUUGAUGCCUAGCUCUCAACUUACUUGCAGCCAAGCCAAGUUUUGCAACCAGUGCAAUAAUAAAUACGUUAUUGCCAGCCAGCUAAAUAGAGAAUUGCUCAAGGGGAGGUCAGAUGGAAAGAGAGCAAAGGAUGUAAUCGAGGAAUUUUUGUCUAGGGGAUGUACAUAAGGGGCAUUGUAACGAAUAGUGUUGAAUGUCCUCCAUGUCUCCCGACUCACAGAUGCAGUCUUAGAUACACAGAGAUGUUAUUGAAUCUUCCCAUUCGAUAUGCGGAGGGCAUACACUGAAGACACAAAGCUGUAAAUGCUUUUCUAAGGGGUGUCAGCGUGGAAUUAAUGAAGUAUUGCUCCAGCCCAAAAGAUGUUUUAUAUAUUGGAUACCAGGAUGAGUAUGCCAUCUGGGAAAGUGAAUGAAUGUCCCUCCAUUUAGAGUUCAAAUACAUUUUUUCUUUGAUGAGUUGUUUGACUCUGUUAGAGGCAAAAUUUGGCAGGGAAUCCACAUUAAUCCCACAAUAAUAGAGAAUCUUACGGAUUCCCCAAUGGAUGCUAUUCACCUGCUGGAUGGACAUACAUUUAAGUGUCAUUACUGCACAAAAAUGCCUCUCCUGCUCUUACUUCUGUGCUCCAUUCCAAAGUAAACAAAAAAAAAAAUCAAUGGGGCUUGUUUCCUUUAUAUAUAUUUAUCUGUGGCAAUGCUUGCCACACUUUUCAAGAGCAAGUAUAGGCAACAACAGUCCCGGACUCCCUCUGUAUGAUCCUCAACCUGCUUUCAAAUGGAAUGUCAGUUUAUCCCUUCCAAGAGAAUAAAAAUAAAUAAUGACUGAUAGUUUAUCAGACAGUAGACAGUGUCAUUUGGAUUUUGAUGGUUUUGCCUUGUUCUGGUUGAAAUAUUGCAUGCAUAUUUUUAAUGUGACGCAUGAAACUCAUUUGCACGAAUGCACUGCAGGAAAAGCGUUCCCAACAAGUUUUUGACUGCCAAGAAAUCAAAUUCCACUGAAACAUACAACUUUUGCCCAUUUCUGAAACUGUGUUUACCAAAAAAUAUUUGCAUGGGUGUGUUCUUUCCCCUUUGGAGUGUAUGUGAUGGGGGGGGGGUUAGAUUUUUAAAUACACUUAAAAAAACGCCACAGUUCUAAAACCAUUUUGGACACAUGGUGUUUGGGUUUUGCAUUUCCUACAUCUCCAAAUCAAAAACACCCCUGUUGUUGAGUGCUCCACAUGACAGUCAAAACGUUUUUUUGGUGCCUUGUCUGUCACCUGCACCCAAAAUGCUUUGCUGCUAAAAAGGAUGCUGUUGCAAAUGCACAUUGUCCCCAGAAGGCCUCUCCGCCAUGCAGCUAUAAGACAUAAUGGGGGGGGGAUGCAACCUUUUCUAUUUUGCUAUGAACCACUCAUAAAGUUUCGCUAUGAAGUGAUUUAAUUAAUAAAUAAAACAUCCCAGAGACAGUGUCAUUCUGGGUGUCAGAUGCCAGGGGCAGGGAGUCUACUGGCCUGAUGUGACAGAUCUCUUCUUAAGCUGCAUUCCACAACCACCACAAAGAGUGCACUCCCCACCAGCAUUGUGUGUAACACUUCAUUAGUUUGUCUUCUAAUUCCUUCUGAAGUCUCACAUCCUCUCCCUUAAAGUGAAUGAUGCUGAGAGACACUGAUGUAGAUUCCAAGAAUUACAGAGGCCAGGGAGAGCUUGGGGGCAGGUGGGGGGAGUCUGUUGGCAGCUUGCUGGAUGUAUAUUCAGGAGCAUGUUGUCUGUUUCCAAAUUCCCCCCAGCUGAUAGGAUCAGUGCUGAUCUCUCCGGACAGGCAGGUCUAGAUUUUUACAUUCAGACAAGCUAGACUGCAACAGCCAAAAGCGGCAAGCAAUGAACAUCUGGAAACCUGAUCAAAGGUGUGAUUUGUGCAGGAGAGAGGAAGGGAAGGAGAGAGCGCUUAUGUGGUUAUGCUGGAACUGUCUUGCUCUGGGCAUUUGAGAAAUAAAUUGAUUGAUUGAAGAGAUUGCACCAAAGAAACUCAGAUGCAGCCCAUGCAAGCACUGUUUCUGCGCUUCUUGAAUUAUUCCAUAACAAAACUGUCUCUAAGUUCCUCUAGGGCAGCUGGCUCCCAACCAGGUGCCUUCCUGGUGUUUGGAUUACAGUUCUCAUCAUCACCACCCAGCAUGAUCAGGUUGACUGGAGUUGAUGGGAAUCAUAGCCCAAAACAUAAGGAGAGUGUGAAGCUAGGGGAGGCUGCUGCAAAGGCCAUCUGGCUGGAAAAUGGAAUAGGUAUACCUGGAUAAACAAAUCUCUCCAGGGAAUCAGCUAUACAGUUGAAUAUUGAACAUUUCAGGUGUGUUGUAAAGUGCAAUAUACAAAUGUGACACUAGAUGGCGAUGGUGAGCUAUGGUGAAUUCAAUAUAUUUUUUAAAACCAACAUUUUCACAGUGUUUUUAUAUGUGUAGAUUCCACCCAAGUCUUCAUUAUUGUUGUACAGAGUCUUGGACUUCCCCAUCCCUGACACCGAUGCUGUUUUCUUCUCAGGUGGUUGGUGAGUGGCGUUUCAGCCGCAUCCACUGUGACAUCUUCGUCACCCUGGACGUUAUGAUGUGCACAGCUAGCAUCCUCAACCUUUGCGCCAUCAGCAUCGACAGGUAGAGAAUCCAUCUCUGAUUUCCUUCCCAGCUUGCAAGGGAUUGCAUGCUCAUUCCAGCACAGCACCACGAAUCCUUGCUAUCUCUGGACCUGAACUUUCCUCUGCCAUCCUUCCCCUCCUUGUUUGUUUUUCAGCAGUGCAGGUGAGCUCCAAUGCCACACUGAGUUCCCACUCUUGUGUCUCCCUUCCAAACAGGUAUACUGCCGUGGCCAUGCCAAUGCUUUAUAACACACGCUACAGCUCCAAGCGCAGAGUCACUGUCAUGAUCGCCGUGGUCUGGGUCCUCUCCUUUGCUGUCUCCUGCCCACUGCUUUUUGGGCUGAACAACACAAGUAAGCAUGAUAAAAUAAAAUAGGGAGUGCAUUCUGUGCUGGGUUCAAGUCUGGGGGUGGGGAUUAGGCUGUAAACUUAGCCAGCAUUCUCUUUCUCUGUCCCGCCUUCCUCUUCUUGUAACCCCAAAGGGUAGUUUGUGCAGAAAGCAAGCAAAUGCACACAUGUGCACCCACAAGAAAGACUGAAACAGGCCUACUUUCAGCACAGCUGAAAUUGGGAAGAACAGCCUUUACCAACAGUGCUGGAAGAGGCUGAUGGGAGUUGUAGUCCAAUAACAACUAGAGUGCACCAUUGUGUCAAAAGCUGGUGUAGAUACUCUUUAUUCUCCUGCCCGAAUUAUAAUUCCAUGUUAUUUUUAUGAAUCUGCAAUGGCUCAUUCAGAAAGACUGGCAAAGGUCCGUCUAGAAAAAUAGCCCAGUGUGUUUCUCUUGGUCACACUGUAUUUCUGCCACAGCAACAUCUGAUCUCCUGAGGGGGUGCAAACUUCCACCACUCACUGUCAUGGACUGGCUGGAUACAGAGGUGUGGUGGGAGGCAGCAGUUGGGUAACCCCGAGGGAAGAAGGCCCAGAGUUGGGGAGAUGAUAAUGAGUGGUCAGUGGAAGAGGACUGGAGGAGGUGUUGAAAAUUGCAGAGGUAACAGGGUUUAGUGAGCAGGAAGAGGCUAUGGCAGAGAGCAGUCCAGAAUCAGAGGCAGAAGCAGAGACUGGAUUGGAGGGGGACCCCAGAGAAAAAUAUGAAGCAGGCUGCUGAAGAAGCCUGGGUUUUUCCCCCUUUCUGCUGCGACCAGCUCCCCUCUCUGCUGGUCACCCAGAACCUGCUGCAGUAUGACACGAGUAAAGCAGAAACAGGCAAAACAAAGGAGCCUCAGACUGUUUGGGAAGUAACCAAGGGAGGAGGAGACUUAGAGAGCUAUGAGAAGGUGGGGGGUCUUCAGUCCUCACAACUGCCUCACUGGGGCAAGACAUACUGGGAAGAGUUGCUGUGCUCACUAGGCCUAAGCUAUUUUGUUUCUUUGAAUAAAGAGUUAACUUCACUGACACUUGGGGAGUUAUGGCUGACUGGCUCCCGGCUCCAGCCUUGACAUUCACUCUCCUCCUUCUCCUCCCCUUGUCUCUUAAAUAACUUUAUGGAACUGCAAGUCAGAAAGACUAGCAAGGCAGGGAGACAGCAUGCCGCCCCCUUGAAAUUAGCAGUGUCUUGGGACGGGGCUGCUCUCCCACGGAACAGUGUCAUGUAUGUGAGGCUGGAUAGAUUCCAUAACAGUCAUGCAGUCUCCACUGCUGAAGAUCUCAAGCUUGCAUUGGAGUUUAUUGCAUUGGGACCGAGUGUGAUGAGGUUCUCCCCCAGAAACAACAUCUUUUGCACCUUCUUGUAGUAGCACAAACUCACAUGCAAGCUGGCAGUAGCUCCUAAUGGCUGGGACAAUGCUCCUGCAAUCUCUUGUGUCUUCCAGAGAAGAAUGAGUGUUUCAUUGCCAAUCCUGCCUUUGUUGUGUAUUCCUCUAUCGUCUCCUUCUACGUCCCCUUCAUUGUCACCCUGCUGGUGUACGUGCAGAUAUACAUAGUGCUGCGGAAACGCAGGAAGCGGGUCAACACCAAGCGCGUCGCCGCCACCAACGUGGGCCUGGACCCUGAAACCGAGGCCCCACUGAAGGUAAUCAGAACCCAAGCAACACCCACACACCAAUUUCCAUCUCCUUUUUCCUCCCUGAUCCUGAUUUAUCCCCAAGGAUUUCCCAUCUCCUCCUUUUCCUUCCCCAAUCUUUGCUGUUCGGCGUGAGUGAACCUGAGAUGGCUGUUUGGUUCUCUGACUCAGGUAGGGCUCCUAGGCAAAAGCAGAAGAGGCAUCAGUCCUCAGCUGCCGUCCUGGUUUCUGACAUCGCUAUCCCAUUGCAUAGUUAAGCUAUGGAGCUCACUUUCCAUAGGAGAUGGCAAUGGCUACCAACUUGGAUGGCUUUAAAGGAGGAUUGGACAAAUUCAUGGAGGAGCAGGCUAUCCAUGGCUGCUAGUCAUGGUGGCCAGGAUGUACUGCCAUGGUCAGAGGCAGUAAUGUUCCUCAAUACCAGUUGCUGGAAACCACAGGAGGCAAGAGUGCGCUUGGGCUUGGGUCCUGCUUGAGAGUUUCCCACAAGCAUCAGUUUGGCCACUGCAAGAAGAGAAUGCUGGACGAGAUGGGUCAUUGGCCUGAUCCAGCAGGCUCUUCUUAUAUUAUUGCACCCCCAAUAUAGGGGGAGUUCAUCUUCCUACCAUGGUUGACUGUCCUUGCCCUUAAUAGGCACACCAGGAGUUGGGGCAACAGUUGUUGGUAAUGACACUGGGGAGAGCAGUUCACCCUACAUACCUCCAAAACAAAACAAAACCUGGAGGCAUCCCAUCCUGUACCAUUUAGUGACAACUUCCAUAGCAAUAGCUGAACAGGUGCAAGCUAGAGAUCAAAGUGGAAAAUACGACCAGGGGCUAUACAGAUUGUGGCCCUCAAAGCUUCUCGACCCAUGCAUUCGGGCUCUCAAUAAAUGUUCUAGUUUUGCUGCCUGUCCAAAGGAUGGAAAGUAUAGAGUUUAUCAAGCACCUGGGAAGCCACAGUAUAUGACUGUUGGCCUAUCUGUGUUUAUUUUUUUUGAAGAGGGGUAUUCACAAGAAUUGCAGGCGUAACAACAUAGGAAUAACCUUGUUAGAUCAGGCCCAAGGAGCCCCAUCUUGUCCAGCAUCCUGUUCUCUCACAGUGGCCAGUCAGAUGGCUCUGGAAAACAGAAGAGCCUUCUCCCUACUUGUGAUUCACAACAGCUUGUAUUCAGAGCCAUACUGCCUCUGGCAUGAAGGCAGGACCAUCUUGGCUAGUAGCCUUCUCCUUCGUGAAUUUGCCAGAUCCUCUUUUAAACCCUGCAAAUUGGUGGCCAUCCCUGACUCUUGUGGAAGCAAAUUCCACAAUGCAACCAAGCACUUUGUGAAGAUUUGCUUUGUUCAAUCCUGAAUUUUUCAACAUUCAGCUUCACUGGAUGGCUUUGAGUUCUAGUAUUAUGAGAAAGGGAGAAAAAAAACAUCUCUCUGUCCACUUUCCCCACACCAAGCAUAAUAGUAUAUGACUCUAUCAUUUCCCACCACCAGAACUGGCCCAAGACAUUUUGGCACCUGAGGUGAACCACAAAAUGGCAUCCUCCUCCCCUCCAGGGAAGAAGAGGUGAAAAUGAAGAUCUUCAUCAGCAACAAGGUGGAAUAAAGAGCUACAUUGGAAUCUGCUGCCCACCUGAGGCAGUUACCUCAUCUUGCCUCAAGGGUGGGCCAGCCCCACCCACCACCACCCCUUACCCUUUCUCUAAACAGGAGUUGCUCCUUUGAUAGUUUUGAUUGGAGUGAUUCCCCUGUAAGGAAAGGCUAUAGAGGUAAUAUAGAAAUUUUUUUGAAAUACAUCUCUUACUUAGUUUUUCACCCACCUGCUUCACCCAGGAUAAGCUACAGACUUUGCCAAGCUGAUCCCUGUUUAUUCAGGGAGACACACACAGUCAGGGCCCUCACAUCUAUAUCCUCCAUCCCUGGUCUUCUGAAUUUCAAAUCCAUCUCUCUAGCUCACAGGCCAGACUUAUCUCUUCUUACACUCCCUGUUUGUCCUUCCUUGCUUCCCCUCCCUUCCUUGCACUCCCUCCCUCCCCACCCAUAGAGCAAAUGCACUCAUCUAGAAGACGUCAGGCUCUGCACACUCAUCAUGAAGACCAAUGGGAGCUUCCAACUUCACAAACGGAGAGUGGUGAGUUGUACUACAAGCAAUAGCAGGCUUCAGGCUUGCAGGAUCUCUUUCAGUUCUUAGAGUCUCUCCAGCUGGAGCCAGGAACUCAGCUCCAGGGAAGCAAACAUAGAGAGGAUUCCUCUGAGCACUUGCUCAGCUCAGGAAACCUCAGUCCCCCCUCCUUCCCCAGAGAAAGUCCACCCCGGGAUUUCUCCCAAGCUUUCUCCAUUUCAGCAAGUCCACUCCAUGCAGGCUCCAGGUUUUGUACAGAGGGCAAGACACUCUCCCAGAGUCCAGCUCCCCCGUGAGUCUGCCUCCUCACCACCAUAAACUGCUGCUGUGCUCCUCUUCCUCAUCACAUGUACUUCUGAGCAUGUAAGCAAGGACGUCUCCUGCUCCUCCUCAUCGCCACCAUAGUAAAGGUACCCCUGACCAUUAGGUCCAGUCGUGAUCGACUCUGGGGUUGCGGUGCUUAUCUCACUUUACUGGCCGAGGGAGCCGGUGUUUGUCUGCAAACAGCUUCCGGGUCAUGUGGCCAGCAUGACUAAGCCACUUCUGGCGAACCAGAGCAGUGCACGGAAAUGCCAUUUACCUUCCCGCCGGAGUGGUACCUAUUUAUCUACUUGCACUUUGACGUGCUUUCUUUAACUGCUAGGUUGGCAGGAGCAGGGACCGAGCAACGGGAGCUCACCCCGUUGUGGGGAUUCAAACCGCCGACCUUCUGAUCGGCAAGUCCUCGGCUCUGUGGUUUAACCCACAGCGCCACCCGCGUCCCUCAUCACCACCAGAGCCUGAGCCAAAGCAACUGGUGGAUGAACAAGUUAGUGGGCUGCAGUGCUGGAGGAGCAAGUUCAGGGAGCGCUCUUGUCAGUGGGGCUCACUGGUGUAAUGUUUGUCCCUGGCAGAUGCCCAACUAUGCCAUCCUUUGGUGCCAGCCCUGAACCUGAUUUAAAAUGGAGAAAUGCCUGAUGUUGUUGCUACUGGUUACCUGUAUAGCAUUAUACAGCUCAGGACCCCAGUAUCUCAAGGACCAGCAUUGCUCACAUGAAGUGACCUGAACCCCACAACCAUCAUCUGAGGCACUUCUUUGUGUGCCCUGUCCCUGUUCUGAGCGUGGCAAGAAGAGUUCAUGUCUUUUCAGUGGUGGCCCCCAACUUGUGGAAUGCUCUCUCCGAGGAGGCAUGUCUGGCACCAUCUUUAUCUCCUUUUAGGUGCCAGGCAAAUACUUUUUUCUUUACCAGCAUUUUGGCCCUUAAUUUGGGCUAGCACUGUGGCAUCUUUCAGUGGGGUAGGAUCUGUAAGUCCUGCCAUAUAUUUACAUGGAUUUUUAUUGGCUUUUCUGACUUGGCCUUAAUGUGUGUUACUUUCUAAGAAAAGCAAGUAACAAAUAUAAAUGACAUGAGGCUACAGCUCCUACUCAAUCCACUCACCUGACCCUUUACCAACCCUCUCCCCACACACCUGGCCAGCUCCUCCUCCCUCUACACCUGACCAAACUCCCUUCCCUUUACACCUCACCCAUCCUUUUGCCCAUCCCUUCACAGCUCGCCCCAACCUCUUUUAAAGGAGGCUAUCUAUCCACAUAACAGUUUGAACAAUUAAGACAUCAGUUCAUUUGGCAUGAACAGAUAACAUCUUUUCAUAUUCCAGAAUGAAAAUGUAUCAUCUGAGAGAUAGAUUGUGCAUUAAAUCGGAGCCACUUGGGUGUUGAGUGUCUGGGAGAACAGGAUUAAAAUCCCCGCUCAGCCACAAAGAUCACUGAGUGUCUUUGGGCCUGUCAUUGUCUCUGUGUCUAACCUACCUCACAGGGUUGUUGUGAGGGGAGUAGAGAACCCUGUAUCCUGGAAGAAAGGUGAUAUAUAAAUGUAGUGAAAAUAAUAAUAAUAAUGACAUAUCAAUAGUAUAUGAAAGCCAUGAAUUGGAUUACAAAUGCAAUUGUUAAAAUCUGGUAUUAAAAAGUUGAAUGUGCUGAAUGGGGUCAAAAUGCACUUCCCCCCUCCCCAAUAUUUUGCCUUGGAUGGCAUGAGCACCAGAGUUACAGAUACAAUCCUGGCUCCGUCAAGCCCUGCUGCUGCCAACCAGAGCUUAGAAUUGCAUCCUACACCAUAACCCUAACCCCCCCCUUGAGUCACUCUUUGAACGAAGUAAUUUAGGUAGGUUUCCUUAAAUCCUUUUUGUAAAAAAUAAUUAAAAAUGGGGGCGAAUGUGAUCUUUGUCCAGGAUGCAGUAAAUCACAUGGAAGAGAUGGAGAUGGCAACCAGCACCAGCCCUGCAGAGAAAACCAAACACAAGCCACCUGUGCCAAGUAACGACGAAGUGGCCAUGCCAGCUGCUUCCAACCUCUGUGCCAAUGCCACUCUGCGGUCUCCCACGGACGGCCCACCAAAAGUAGAGAAGAAUGGGCAUACGGUGGAUAACCCCAAAGCAGCCAAGAUAUUUGAGAUCCAAACAAUGCCCAAUGGCAAGACGAGGACCUCCCUCAAGACGAUGAGCAGGAGGAAGUUUUCGCAGCAGAAGGAAAAGAAAGCCACGCAGAUGCUGGCCAUAGUGCUUGGUAAGGGUUCCAUGUCAUUUCCACCUCUAGUUUACAGAAGUUCUCCAUCCAUCCAAGAACCACCUUCCACUGAGUUUGAUAGUGAAUUGGAGGCUUCUGAUGCCUUUGUUCUAUGUAUUUAUAUCAAUCUUUAUAAACCACUGUUUGCAUUCUUAAAGUUCCUAAUGUGGGUAUUUUUAAAAAAAUCAUUAAAGUAAUAAAGUAGAUAUAAUUAAAAUAAUAAUAAUAAUUUCUGCAGCAGCCUCUGUCAACCUGAUACCCUCCAUUGAUUAUAAGGCGAUCAAUGGUUACUUCACUGUCUGAGGCAGUUGCUUACUCGGAAUCAUAAAAGAGAAGGGCAAAUGAUGCAGGAAUUUCUUGUUGAAAUUUGCUGAACAACAAUUCCCAUCAAAUCCAGCUAGAGCUGAUGAGAGUUUCACCAACAACAUCCAGAGAGCACCAGGUUGGCCAAGGCUGUUACCAACAUAAUACAUGUUGUUGGAUGACAGUUCCCAUCAGCUGCAGCCAACAUGGUCAAUCAUCAGAGAUGAUAGGAGUUAUAGAGUCCAACCAUAUCUGAAGGGCCACAGGUUACCCAUCCCUGCAUUACCAUGUGAGGAAUUAAAUUAUAACAACUGCAGCUGCCAAAAUAAAGAGGGAAAUCUAACACCAAAGAUGCAGUAGAAAAUGAAAGAGGGCAGAGGUACUUUGGAAAGGUCUUUGACAAAAGUAGCCUCUUGAUUGUGGGGCUCAAAACACACUUUAUGCAGGGAAAAACAACCAUACUGUUGUACCUUGGAAGUCGAACGGAAUCCAUUCCAGAAGUCCAUUUGACUUCCAAAACAUUCAAAAUCCAAAGCGCGGCUUCUGAUUGGCUGUGGAAAGUUCCUGCAGCCAAUCAGAAGCCAUAGAAGCCCUGUCGGAAGUUUGGCUUCCAAAAAUAGUUUGCAAACCGGAACAGUCACUUCCAGGGUUUGCGACAUUCGGGAGCCAAAACAUUGGAGAACUAAGCUGUUUGAAAACCAAGGUACGACUGCAUAAAGGUAAAGGUAAAGGGACCCCUGACCAUUAGGUCCAGUCGUGACCAACUCUGGGGUUGUGGCGCUCAUCUCGCUUUAUUGGCCGAGGGAGCCGGCGUACAGCUUCCGGGUCAAAAAUCAAUGUAGGGGGGAAAUCCAUCCAAUAAAUAUUAGAUGAUCACCAGGGCUAGCUGGCUAAAUUAGUCCUAUUUGGGCCAGCGAGGAGACAUGGGGAGAAUUAGCUGUGGGAUCCCAGAGCGAGUAAUCUUCAUAAAAAGGGGGAGGGAGGGAAGGAAGGGGAAUAAAAGAUCAGGCUAAAUUCAAAUUGAAAGCCAGGCGGAAUAGCUCUGUCUUACAGGCCCUGUGGAAGGAAGUUAAGUCCUGCAGGGCCCUGGUCUCAUGGGACAGAGCAUUCCACCAGGUCGGAGCCAUCACUGAGAAGGCCCUGGCCCUGGUGGAGGAUAAUCUGACUUCCUUAGGGCCCUGGACCUCUAAACUAUGAUUAUUCAUGGACCUUAAAGUCCUCUGUGGGGCAGACCAGGAGAGGCGGUCCCAUAAAUACGAGGGCCCUAAGCAUAUGCAUUACUACUACUACUACUACUACUAUUUAUAUACUGCCCUAUACCUAAAGGGUGGCCAACUCUGUGUGGCAUUCAUUGACCUAAAGGCAGCAUUCGAUAGUAUCCCCAGGAACAUCCUCUGGGAAAAACUCUCCCGCUGGGGCAUCGAUAGAAGGCUUCUCUGGCUAAUAAUCAAACUCCAUGAGAACUCAGCGGCUAGAGUGAGACUCACCCCGGGGGUGAUCUCACCAAUCCAAUUCCCAUUAACAGAGGUGUCCGACAGGGUUGUAUAUUGGCUCCAUUCCUGUUCAACUUAUUCAUAAGCGAUAUGAGGACUCCCCUAAUAGAGGCUCAAGAAAGGAUUCAUGCACCCCGCCUAGCACUUUAUCGCUGCCCUUUGUUACUGUAUGCGGAUGACGCAGUCAUCCUUUCCUUUUCUAGAGUAGGUCUCAGGAGGGCCUUAAAAAUUUUUGGAUCGUACUGUAACGCAAAUUCCCUUACAAUUAAUUAUGGAAAAUCUAAGAUUCUAAUUUUCUCAAAGAGCCGGAAACUCCAUAAUUGGAGAAUUGAUGGGAGAGUCAUCGAACAAGUCUAUAGAUUCCAAUACUUGGGAGUUUGGUUACAACAUAACCUUAGAUGGAAGGCCCAUGUAGCCUAUGUUACAAAUAGAGCCAAAGCUAUCUCCUUGGCGAUCUUGCGAUUCUUCUUCACCGAUGGGGCUCUUCAUAUCCCAUCGGCGUUGAAAGUCUUCAAGGCCAAGGUGAUCCCAACAAUUGCCUAUGCCAUCUCAAUUUGGGGGACUUUUGUCAAUCUAUCUCACCUAGAGGUUAUUCAAAAUCAGUUUUUAAGAGGGAUAUUGAAACUGCCCAACUGUGUAAGUAAUACAGCGUUACGCAUGGAACUUAAUACUGUAUCCCUGGAAAACGCUCUGUGGAAGCACAUACUUUGUCACUGGUUAUCUCUAUGGCACAAUCUCCCAAACUUGUACUUGAUACAAUGUAUGUGGAGAGAUGAUUUCCAGAGCCCAUGGGUAAAAAAUUUACAGCUGAAAAUAAUGACAAUGGGAAUCUCCCCAUCCAAAUUACUAGAGCAGGACAUAGUUCCAGCUAAAAGAACAGUAACCUGUAAACUAGAGGAGAUGGACUUGCAGCAGAAAAUGGUCUUGGGCAAUGGUACCUGCUCACCUCUAAACCUUGGUUUAUCACCCCUCUUAAGGCUCCCAAACUAUUUGAAUUCCUUAACUUCUUCGGCUCAUAGAUAUGCCUUUGUAAAGGCAAGAUUCAACACCUUCCCAUCGAACAUGCUGAGAAAUAGAUUCUCCAAUGGACAGAUAUCGCUCUUAUGUGAUUGUAAUUGUGGGGCACCGGAAUCGUUGCAUCACAUAAUUUUUGACUGUGCUUUUCACUCAUCGGCCAGGAGCAAGUUUCUUGCCCAAUAUCUAAAGGGAAUUGCCGAUGAUACGAAUGAAGCCAAACUGAGAUAUCUAUUAAAUGAUGAUGACCCCCUAAGAUCACUCACGGUUGCCAGAUUCUUGAUCAGUGUCCUAUCCCUAAAGAAGAGAAACGGACUCCUGUGUGGCUCGGAAAAUCCCUUUAAACCAUGAUCUAUGUUUUAGGAUGUAACUAGGUGAAUCACCAUUGAUGUCUUUUAUUGAUCUGUGAGCAGAUGGUGAUGGUUAUGUUACAAAUUUAUUGCAACAUAUGAUGUUGGUCUUUUGUUUUUGUUCUGCUUUGGUUCUUGUCUGUUUUUUGUAAGUUUUGACGGUUUUAAAUUUGGAGGUUCAUGUACAUUAUGUUGGUAUGGGAAACUGUCGUGUGACGGGCCAAUGGCCGUAAUAAAGAUCAAUCAAUCAAUCAAUCAAUACUGCCCUAUACCCAGACGUCCUGCAUUGUUCACGGUGCGCCCCAGAAUUAAUUCCUGGUAUCUCCAGUAAAUUUUUCAAAGGAUCAAACAGGUAGUGUUGAAAGACUCUCUGAGGGAGCCACAGUCAGAGAUUGCUGUGCUGGUUUAGAUUAUCUGUUCCCAACAUCAAAAAGGUAAAGGACCCAUGGCCAUUAGGUCCAGUCGUGGCCGACUCUGGGGUUGUGGCGCUCAUCUCGCUUUAUUGGCCGAGGGAGCCGGCGUACAGCUUCCGGGUCAUGUGGCCAGCAUGACUAAGCCGCUUCUGGCGAACCAGAGCAGUGCACGGAAACGCGGUUUACCUUCCCACCAGAGCGGUACCUAUUUAUCUACUUGCACUUUGACAUGCUUUCGAACUGCUAGGUUGGCAGGAGCAGAGACCGAGCAAUGGGAGCUCACCCAGUCGCGGGGAUGCGAACCACUGCCCUUCUGAUCGGCAAGUCCUAGGCUCUGUGGUUUAACCCACAGCGCCACCCGCAUAUCGUGCUGCAAAUGGCAAGGAAUAUCAUUUGCUUCUCUGACAUUCCCCACAUCUGGUGGUAGCACAUUGCAUAAGUUAACUGCAUUCUGUUGUGAAAAAGUACUGACUGGUCGCUGCAGUGCUAACCUGGCUCCUUUCAUUUGUCCUCCUGCAGGCGUCUUCAUCAUCUGUUGGCUCCCAUUCUUCAUCACCCACAUCCUGAACAUGCACUGCAACUGUGGCAUCCCCCCGGCCCUGUACAAUGCCUUCACAUGGCUUGGCUAUGUCAACAGUGCUGUCAACCCCAUUAUCUACACCACCUUCAAUAUUGAGUUCCGGAAGGCCUUUAUGAAGAUCCUUCACUGCUAA